UUUUUCUCACUGUAUUUUAUCUAACCUUACUUUUCUCUCUGUUGCUUUACACAGACCUUUUUUCAAAGAAUCUACAUAUAGGUAUAAAACAAAUUUCAUAAAAUCUUCACAGUUUUAUUUACUUUCACAGACUGAAAUAAGUGGAGAUUUAGGAAUUCAGGUCUUCAUUCCAGAACUAGUUGAAAACUAUGCUGGGAAUAAGAACAAAGAUGAAUAUAGGUUCCUCUGCCAUCAUGCUGGUCAGUUUAUGUGCAAAUUGACCAAUCUUGUGUUUGAGAUGGAUGGGAAAGGGGAAGUGCUGUACAGAAUAGUGUCCUGGGACAGCAGUUACUUGGAUGGACUAGGACAACUGCAGCCUGCAGGACCUUUGUACAGUAUCGCCUGCCAUGAAGGCUCUAUCCGUCAUCUGCAUCUACCACAUUGUGAGAUCUGUACAGAUGAGGUUAAAUUGAAUGCAGCACAUGUGACUGGUGGUAAUGUGGAACUUAUUCAGCCACUAAAAGUAACAAACACACAUGUCAUCAUAGACAUUCAAGGUCUCUCCUUAUACGGCCUCUUGAAAUAUAUCUCCCUAAAAUAUCCCGUCAAAGCCCAAGUGAUUUUGUUCUAUAAAAAAAAAUAUGGAGAUUCCGGGAUGAGUAAACUGCAUAUACAUCUUUUGCCAGGCAAUGUGCCAGUUGAAGAGGUGCACAAACAGCAUAGGAGCAUGACAUACAUUGAGACAAGCUCCAAAUGUAAACUGACUUCUGGCAAAAAAUACAGGCCAUGUUGUAAAGAUACUGACCAUGAAUAUGUCUUACAACCCACGAUUGAGAAGUUUGAUUGUGACUAUGGCCCAAACUAUCAUCCUACAUUUGAGAUGUUAUGUAAAACUGAGGUUGAUAAAGUCACUGUAGGUCUUUUGGAUAAAAAUAACCAGGAAGUUUGGGAGCCCCGUUUGGUCUUGCUUGCAGGUACAGAUGCAGCCACACCCACACCCACAUCAGAUACCACAGGUGCUGACUUUAUGGAUCGACACAUGGACCAGCUCAUUCAGAGAGUUUCUUCGGUAAUGGAGAUAGCAGACUGUUUAAAAAGCAAGAUGAUGAUUACUGAUGAAAAGUACAAUAAAAUUCAUGCAGCAUCAACAUCAUGUGAGCAAAUGAGGCUCCUGUACAGUUGUCUCAAUGCAGGAGGAAGAGUUGUGAAAGCAGAAGCCUAUAAAGUCCUUAAGGAGAAAGAGCCUCACUUAGUGGAUGAAUUGAGUCUGGAUUGAUCCUCCCAAUUUUAAUUGUAUAGACAUUAAGAUGUUUGAUAUACAUUUUUAUGAUUGGGUUUUUAAUUUGUUAUACAGUAUUUCCUAAAAGUUAAGAGUAUAUCUUAUAUGUAGAACAGCAUCAGAAAUGCAUUUAUUGUAUUAUUUUGCACUCCAGUGGUUUGAUGUUAUGCAAGUUGCACCACAUAUUGACAUAUCUUCUACAUUGCAUAAUUUAAUAGCAUUAUCUCAAUCUAUAAACUGAGAAAGGUUCAUGUGGAUAUGUGUAUCCUUAAUGUUUACAUUAACCCUCCUGUUUUCCUUACCUGAAUUCCUAUGCAAAUUAGGAGCACCGAGUCAACUUGACCUUGUCUGUUUUGACUGCUUAUAAAAAAUGAAGUAUAUAUGAUAGCCUUUUAUUAGUCUAAAUUGUUUCCAACAUAUUAACAUAUAUUUUGCAAAAAAAAAUAAUAAUAUUUGGUAUAAUAAACCUUAUUUAUAUACAAACAUGCCUCAUUUUUUAGUAAAAAAAAAAAAACAGAAAUUUUGAAUUAUUUUUACUACAGAGGCACGAAAGUUGAUGCGCAAUUACAGGCUGGUAUAUUUCAAAGCCAGGAGAUUGUUUUGAAACCAUUUUGACUAUUUUUAAUGUCAGCAAAUAAUAAAACCUGUUUUUUUCCAGGUCAAAUUGACUUGAAUGCUUAUAAAUCAAAAAUUAUACAAUUAUCACCAUUCUGUGUGAUCAGCCUUACAUUUGGUACAUUUGUGUGUGCGUGUGUGUAGCAUCAUUUCGGUAGAUCAUAUUUUGCCCUCUGCUAGGCAAAGGCAUAUCAAAAGUGUGAAAUAUUUACAAAUAUGUAGCUUUUUUUUUCCUGGAGGCCUAAUGAAAUGCAAUGCCCUAUUUGUGUGUGUGCAUGUGAGUGUGUGUUUUGGGUGCAUGUGUUAGUGGACAUUUUAUGUGUGAAUUUUUGUGCCUGUAUGUAUGUUCAUUGCGCUGGAAAUGUGUGACCUAUUGCCCCACUAAAUGUGGCCGGGUCCAACUGACCCUGGAGGAUCCAAAACGCAAAUAUAUAGUGGUCCGAACAUAGUUCAAUGAAAAUAGACAAAAUUAAUUUUUAGUCUAUAGUUUAAUCUAUAAAAAACCUAAAAAAACAAGUCUAUAGUUUUAACAGGGGUUUAUAGUUUUAUCAUCCAUUAUAACUUGAAAUGCUCACUUGUUUUGUGCCACUGUGACCAAAGACAAAUGGUCAGAAUACUUGCAGUGUUUUUUAUUAUAAUCUCUGUGUGACUGCUGAUUAGAUGGGCAUCUAAAAGCAAACACAAUGAGGAUGGCAAGGGCUACAAAAAGGAAAAGAAAGCCAGUGCUACAGUAUAUGAACCAUUACUAUGUAUACCAUUAAGUACUUUAUACUAGUGUUUAAGAAAUAAAACUUCAGUCAGUAUGUUUCAGUAUGUGUCUGUUUUAAAUUUAUUUUUUCUUAGUUGUAUUUUUAGAAACUUGCUUGAAGAUAGAAAGGAAAAAACUAAACUGCUUGUAUGAGCUAUUUGUUUAUUUUUGUUUGUGUAAUGUUAAAAUUUAGUUUAUUUGUUAAGUAGUUUAUUUUUUUGUCUUUUUUGUUCAUUUAUGUUAAUUAGAAUAUGUUUACUUUUCUUAUUAUUCUUCUAAUUUGAUUGGUUAGUAUUUCUUUUCUAUUGGGUUAGGCCAUGUGCACCUAGGGGAUAAAAAGGGUUUAGUUGUGUCAGCCCAGAAUGCACCUGGGUGGGCCUAUGUUUUUUUUUUGUUUUUGUUUUUUUUUAAACCAGUUUUGUCAAGCCAGUUGGGCACAAGGAGCAGGAGAUGCAAAAUUGUUUGUUUGCCUGCAAAUCCUUUAAUAAAGCUCACCAAACAUGU